AUGAUGAAUAUUCUGGAGGACGUUCCUUUUCAAACCCCUUUGGGACCGUUAGGUGUUGAGAUACAGAUGUCGACUUUACCUGAUAUUUCUGUACCACAAUGCCAUCAGAUCAUGCAGGAAACUGAGUAUGGAUUCAAUCUGGAGAGAUGGAUUUUAACUGGGCAGCAGCCGGUGAGUCAGGUUCCGUCUUGUCCCCCCUACUGGCUGAUGUUCAGCACCCCUCAAGAAACCCACAAGCACACUCCUAGGGGCCAGGAUCUGUGGGUCUCCCGGCCCCGCAGCCACAGCCUGAGUUCCGCGGAGGGCUGCUGGUUGCACCACCGCGCCGUCAAGUUCCUCCCAGCUGACUCCGAUGAAGAAGAUGACUCAUAUAAGGAUAUCACCGGGGUUCCCAGAGAGCGGCCCCGCAGUGCCGCGGCCAGGGACCCAGUCUCCAGGGUCAAAGACAUGCACCUCGCUCAUUCCUCACACCGAGGUAAGCCGGAGUUAUCUCCAGUCCUCAAAGGCCACAGAGCCACGUCUUCUCUCCCGGACUGCAGACCACCUUUACGCGCGCUGGAGCAGCUCAGAUCACAGCAGGCAAGUUCGCUGUCUCAGGGGCAGAAGAACGGCAAGAAGAGGCAACGCUCUCUGGGCAGACGGUUCUCCCAAAACACUCCACCCGCCGAGCACUCUCCAUCCAGGCCACUGCAACAACGACCCUCCUCAGCUGGAUCUGUUAGAAACCGCAGGAGAAAGGUCCUGACAACUCCUGGCUCUCGUGGCGUUUUCUUUGACUCAGCAGCAGAGCUUCUGACAGCUCUGAGUCAGGAGGAGAGGGAGUUACUCGAAACCAUCACAGAGAAAGGAUACCCGUUACGCACUGCCAUCCUGGCUCUGCAGAAAACUGGCUAUCAGAGUCCUGAGAAGGUCUUAAAAUACCUGGUUGCAUGUGAUCGUCUUUGCCAGCUGGGCUAUGAUGAGGCACAAGUGGAGGAAGCUUUGGAGAUGUUUCAGAAUUGUGAGAGCAAGGCUGCAGAGUUCCUCCACUUGCUGACUCAGUUUGAUGAGAUGGGCUUCCAGCAGAGCGCGAUCAAAGAAGUGCUGCUUGUUCAUGAAAACCACCGUGAGCGGGCUCUGGAGGAGCUGAUGACACGCAUGGCUUAGGUAGUCCAGUCUGAAGACACGGCAUCUGGCUUCAAACAUUUAACUCAAGCUGCAGCAGCAAGCAUGAAAACCUUUGAUACUUGUCAAUAAUUAGUCUUAGUUAAAAUGUUUUUCAAAUUUUAUUGACAGAUUUUUAAAAAGUUAAAAACAGAAAAAAAGAAGCAUUAAAAUGCCACAGCAUCUUAUGACAGAAGUAUUUACAGAAGUGAAAACGGCUUUGAACCAUUACUGAUGGCUGACCGUGGAGUUCAGGAGGCCCGUCUCCACGGACGACGUAGCAGCCUUCGAGAGGUCCCUCUGCAACGACACGCAACUUAACUUGGGCAAAGAACAACCAAGUAAUGCUGUGAAAUGCAAAACUUGUGAGGUUCAAAUUCAUUAAAUUAUUUUAAGAUGA